CCUGGAUUCGUCUGAGCCAGCGCUACGUGUCCCUGGCAUCUUACGUAGCAGCUGGGCAGGUGAAACUUCCAGCAGGCAAUCAUGGAUCAAGUAAUGCAGUUUGUUGAGCCAAGUCGACAGUUUGUAAAGGACUCAAUUCGACUAGUUAAAAGAUGUACCAAACCUGAUAGAAAAGAAUUCCAGAAGAUUGCCAUGGCAACAGCAAUAGGAUUUGCUAUAAUGAGAUUCAUUGGCUUCUUUGUGAAGUUGAUCCAUACCCCUAUUAAUAAUAUCAUUGUUGGUGGCUGAGUUCAUUUUGGAAGAAUGUUUUUCAUCUUAGGGACUGGUGAGCAGUGAGGGUUUGAGAAGCUCAUGGAGUAAAACUUUGCCUAUGUAUUUUGUCAUGUUUUUCUUCCAAGAUGUUUUCUAUUCCUGAAUUAAAAUAAUUUCAAAGUAUUUUUAAAUAAACAUCUUUU